UGACGAGUUUGCUGCAGAUGAUUGAGAAUCAGGCUCCAAGGAAUGUCGAUUUCCAACUGAAGUCAAUCUUGAAAAGCUUGAAGCAGAUUCACGCCAUGUUGUUGAAUGAGGUGUCGCCGACGAUUUCGACUUCUGGGUUGGAGAUUGAGGAAGCCAUGGGGAUGGAAGGGGAAGCCAAGGGGAGGGAUGAGGUAUUGCCCACUUCCGCUAAGACAAAAUUGGAGUUGUUGGGAAGGGAAGCCAAUAUGCACAAGGUACUGACUGAGGAGGAGUCCUUUGAUCGGUACCGACGUGGCUGGGUAUCAAAUUGGUCCGCAUUGCAUGGUACCUUCACAGAGAUGACGACAUUGAGUUCUAUGCACUUCACACACAGUACACCAGGAGACACUCCAUUUGCUGCUUUCGUCUCCAGCACUCUACAGAUCUACUCCAUCAAAGUCGCUGAAAUAAAAGACGCUCUUGAGUUGCAGUGGCCACUGCGAGUGUUCGGUGUGGUGGCUGCCAGGGACACUGUGGAUCGCAAUCGCAACAUUCUGUUCUCCCGUCGGAGAGAUGACUACCAAGAACUGAACCAACAUGAUCCUUUUCUACGCUUGACUGGCCCGUCUCGUGCAAUUGUGGCCGAGGAACCUGUUCAUGUGGAAAUCGAGCUGAAAGUGAAGGGCAGAACAAAGUCUGAAGAUAGAGUGUUGAUGAGUAGAGUCUGGUAUUACAGCGAUAGGUUAUGUACUCUAUAUACCCCUCUCGCCGGGAAGUUUUGCACACUAGUGUUAAGCUCUGAAGAGCUUGAAAAUUCAGUCCAGGCCACUAUCGUGGGUAUCCGCGUUACUGAAGGGACGCCAUGGCCUUUUGAGUAUGGAGGCCGAGCUGUUUGCUACUCUCCGCCUCGGAAAGGAAUAUUGCCUGAUUCUAAACACACUACUGCGCCCUCAUUUCGUCAAGUUGUGCUUGAAGAUGGAGCAAUGGCUGUGGGUUCAGAUGGUUACCUUGCCCUCUCAAGACAAGUUGUUUCUGUAGAAUUACGUGGAAGGCUUGAAGUUCGCAUUUAUGCCUACUCACAAAGUCGGGAUAUCGCUGCGCACAGCCGUGUUUCCAUCAAGGCUCAAAAUUGCAAUGUAACUCAGCAUAAAUGUCGCCUUGGCGACUCUGAGCUGGAGAUAACUGUUGCUUGGUCCCGUCUUGUUCAAGACAAGGGGUUUAUCUCAAACGAAGUAAGUGUCAAACUUUGAUGGUUUCUGGCGUUCAGUCUUUCCACUGAAUGGGUUGAUGGUUUCUGGCAUUCAGUCUUUCCACUGUAUGGAUCUUACCUUUACAAUACUCAGCUCUGUUCUGAAAAGAACACCCAUAAGUUUCUUCUAGUCAGAUACUGUAAAUCAGACUA